AUGGAGCCGCGGAGAGAAGAGAGAGCCGCGGAGAGAGGAGACGAGCGGCUGAGAGUGGAGGCGAGCGGAGGAGGGGUUUCGAGACCGGCGGAUUCGAGAAAUACCGGCGGUGGAGCGAAAAGGGUUGACGGCGGUGGAGCGAGACGGGAUGCAAAAAUUGCAGAGAAGAGAAGAGGAAGAAAGUGUUUUGCGUAA